AUGUCUUUGAAUGGCGCGGUAGACUCUGCGGUGAGAAAGAAGAACAAACGUUCUGUGAGAGCGCACUAUACGGACUUCAAUACCACUCCGAAUGAUGCUCUUUCCGGACCUAUGGCUGGGUUAAAUAUAGAUUCUGAUGUACGUUCUCCAAGUAUUGGAUUGGGGCUUGAAGGAGUAUCUCCAUUCAAAAGUCCUCAAGUUGGCUCAUUAUCCACUGGCCCAGGUACCUCCAAUGUUUCCGGAGUCCAUCAAAAUGGGUUUGUUGCUCAAGAUCUACCACAACCUCCAUUCAACCAGGGCCAACAUGCGUCGACAACCGCUUCAUCAACGGCUCUGCCUUCAAUUCCAGAGUCAAGAUACGCUCUGAGUUUGGACUACACAACCCCAAUCCAAGCAGAAGAUGGGUCUAUGCAACUCCCAUCGUUCCUCACCUUCCAAAACGUUGUUCCCCCUGUAGCGGGCACUCAGUUUAACUGUAUAGAUCAGGGUACUGCACUGGCUAGAUUCAUGCGCUCCUCGAUGUACAAUGUUCCUGAAAGUGAAGAACUUCGUCUGGCAACAAAACUUCCAGUUUCUAUAACCGUUAGACCGUUUGCUCCGGUACUUCCAACCGAAGAACCAAUCCCAGUCGUGGACAUGUCUCAAUUGGGACGUAUCGAAGGAGCUACAACUUCAUCCGGAGAUAUAGGCCCUCCUAGAUGUGGACGUUGUCGUACAUACAUGAAUCCAGCUGUUCAACAUCAACAAAAUGGGAAAUUCACUUGUAAUAUCUGUCAAUUUGGAAACAACACAUAUCCUCCAGAGUACUAUGCCUCAGUUGACCCACUCUCUGGUAGAAGAUUGGAUGCUUCUAUUCGUCCUGAAUUACAUAAGGGUGUUUAUGACAUAAUUGUCCCUCAAGAAUAUAACUUGGAUGAUACAAAGGCUACAAAUGAAAUACUUCAUCAUGUAUUCUUAAUUGAUAUUAGUGAAAACAGUAUUAAACAGAAUUUACCAAUUCUUUUAGCUGACAGCAUUAGAGCCACUCUUUACUCUGACGAAGAAUCUCCAUUUGUUGGUAAAAUUGCUCUUAUUACUUUUGAUAAAAAAAUUAAUUUUUACAAUCUUUCAGAAAACUUAGAGUCUACUCAACUUUCUGUCUUAUCUGACUUGGAAGACCCAUUUAUGCCUUUCGCAGAUGGUCUCUUUGCUGAUGUCGAACAAAGUAGAAUGGUAAUUGAAGAUGCUCUCAAUCAUCUUGAAUCUUUGUGCCAUAUGGGUGGUGGUAGCAUGCCUGAUGCGGAACCUUGUUUUGCCGCUGCUUGUAGAACCGCCAUGUUGUGUUUGAAAUCAGUUGGAAAUGGUGGUAAGAUUACUUCAGUCCUCUCAGCUCUACCUUCUUGGGGACCUGGAAGACUCAAGUUUAAGGAUAAUAGAUCCGUUGGUAGAUUACCAAAUCCAGAAACUGAGAAGAAAAUAUACAACCCUGACAAUGAAUACUAUCGUUUAUUGGCUAAGGACUUCAUUUCAAACAAUGUUGGUUUGGAGUGUCUUGUUGUUUCUGAUAUAAACGUGGACUUGUCGAAUGUUGGUUGGUUAUGUUCAACAACCGGUGGUUCUGUCUUUAAAUGGCUGAACUUCAAUUUCGAAAGAGAUGGUCGUUCUUUUACUGCUAGGUUUUACAACUCAGUUAGGAAAUCCACUGGUUAUCAAGGCCAAUUUAAAGUUCGUUGUUCUAACGGUUUGCAAGUUGUCCAAUAUUAUGGAACCUCUUCUUCUGCCUUGCAUACACUGGCUGUCGGGGGUGGUCCACUGGAUCCAGUUAUUCCUGUUUUGAAUGAAGACCAAACUAUUACAGUUUUGUUUAACUAUGAUGGAAAACUUGAAACAAAGUAUGACUGUCACUUCCAGGCUGCCAUGCUUUAUACUGAUCCAGCGGGUAUUAGAAAGGUCCGUGUGAUUAAUUUAGUACUUGCUGUCAGCGAGAGACUAGAAGAUGUUUUCAACUUUGUCGAAGAAGAUGCCAUUGUUGCUACUUUGUUAAGAGAUACUCUUUCAUUUGUUGGAAAGCAAACAUUCUUGGAACUUCGUGAGUCUAUUAAUACGAAAUUGGUUGAAGUCUUCACGCAAUAUAGAGUUAUGAGCGAAUUGGGACAUAAUAGAAAUAAGACACUUACUAACCAGCUUUUGUUUCCAGACUCACUCAAGAAUUUACCAAUGUAUAUUUUAAGUUUCCUAAAGACCAGAGCAUUAACUCAAUCCACUGAGAUAAACUCCGAUUCUAGAUUGGCGGACAUUUUCCAGUUGCUUAACAUGCCGAUUGAAACUUUGGUUUAUCGUUUGUAUCCUGCCUUGGUUGAAUUGCACUCAUUGCAAGAGCAUGAGGCUACACCAAUUGAACCAUAUGGAUUCAUUACAUUACCUAAAUAUAAAUCAUUGUCUAAUAGUUCAUUAGAUGAGGGUGUAUACAUUUUAUGUGAUGGGGAUGUUAUUUAUGUUUGGAUCAGCCCUAAUCCAAAUAUGUUACUUAUUAAGGAUUUAUUUGGAGAAAAUAUUGAAUCAGUUAGCGAAAUUGAUCCUCUUCUUGAUGAGUUCCCUGAUUUGCCAACACAUAUAUCCCAACAAGCAAGAAAUUUGGUUGGCUAUUUCCAAUCCCAAAUCAUAGGAUGUUCAUCUAUUGGUCAAUCCGGAAUUCAUAUUGUUCGUGAAGGUAAGGAAGCAAGUACUAGAAAGUUCAAGGAAUGUCUUAUCGAGGACGCCCUUCCUGGCUCUAUUGGUGGCUCUAGUGGGCCAGGCUAUCCUGAGUUCCUUUCAAACUUGCACAAGGCAAUUAGAGUAAAAUUAGAUAACGAUAAGAGCUCCAAUAAUGUUCGACAAUCCAUUAGUUCUGUUGAACACCAUCAAGAUACCUUAGCACAGCGCAUUAUACACUACUAA